CUGGGGCCUGGCGCCUGAAGCAGCUGCUCAGCUUUGCCUUGGGGGGACUUUUAGGCAAUGUGUUUCUGCACCUGCUGCCCGAGGCAUGGGCCUACACCUGUAGCACCAGCCCUGGUGGCAAGGGGCAGAGCCUACAGCAGCAACAGCAACUGGGGUUGUGGGUCAUUGCUGGUUUCCUGACCUUCCUGGCCUUGGAGAAGAUGUUCCUGGACAGCAAGGAGGAGGAGGGGACCAGCCAGGCCCCCAGCAAAAACCCCACUGCUGCUGCUGCCGCGCUCAAUGGAGGCCGUUGUCUGGCCCAGCCGGCUGCAGAGCCCGGCCCGAGUGCUGUGGUCCGGAGCAUCAAAGUCAGUGGCUACCUCAACCUGCUGGCCAACACCAUUGACAACUUCACUCACGGGUUAGCUGUGGCCGCCAGCUUCCUUGUGAGCAAGAAGAUCGGGCUCCUGACUACCAUGGCCAUCCUCCUGCAUGAGAUUCCCCAUGAGGUGGGCGACUUUGCCAUCCUGCUGCGGGCCGGCUUUGACCGAUGGAGCGCAGCCAAGCUGCAGCUCUCGACAGCUCUGGGGGGCCUGCUGGGCGCCUGCUUCGCCAUCUGCACACAGUCUCCCAAGGGAGUAGAGGAGACAGUGGCCUGGAUCCUGCCCUUCACCUCUGGCGGCUUCCUCUAUAUUGCCCUGGUGAAUGUGCUGCCAGACCUCUUGGAGGAAGAUGACCCAUGGCACUCCCUGCAGCAGGUGCUCCUGCUCUGCAUGGGCAUCGUGGUGAUGGUGCUGUUCUCACUCUUUGUGGAGUAAUCAUCCCCGAAGCCCCCACCCCCACACAGCAAUAAGAGACUUGAUUCACUCUGUGACUGUGUAUGUGAGAGGCAGAGAGGAUGAGUGCCUGUGAGAGCAAGCGAGGGGGCAUGUGUGUGGCGUGCACGUGUGGCCAGAGGUGUGUAUGCGUGAGACCAACACUGUGAUCCCUGUGUGCCUGCCCCUGCUACACUGUGGUCUUCUCUCCUUGCCACCCUGCCAUCUCGCACCUCCCGGAGUAAGCAGUGAGGAACAGCAGCAUUGGUCCCAAGCAGAGGUCUGCCUCACUAGGACCCUGCCUCAGUGGUAUCCCAAAGGGGAGAGAGUGGCCCAAGGAACCCAGGAUUGGAGGGAACCCCACAGCU